GGGCAGCAUACGCGAGAAAAUUAGCGAGAUAAUGCGAGACUUUAACAACCCAACAUGUCGAAUGCAGGAUUCUUUAGGUUUUGAGGCCAUAUCCACUGUUGAUUGGUGUUAGUGGGGUUUUAAUUCUGACGAAGGAGUUUCACAAGUGCAAGCCAAGAUGCAUAAUUAUGCGGGCACUACAGCCCAGCAGGACACACGGUUUUCAGACAAAAGAAAAAAACUAAUGAAAACAAUGAAAUUUGGAGAGGGCCUAGAGCGAAAAGUUGAUAUGACUAAAGUUAAUGUUGAUAGCUUGAAACCUUGGAUUGCUCAAAGGAUUACAGAAUUGCUAGGAAUGGAAGAUGAUGUUGUUGUUGAAUUUGUUUACAAUCAGCUUGAAGAGAGGCACCCAGAUGCCAAAGAAAUGCAAAUCAACCUCACUGGCUUUCUGAAUGGCAAAAAUGCUAGAAUCUUUUUGAGUGAACUGUGGGACCAUCUGUGUAGUGCUCAAGAGAAUGUCACUGGCAUACCAAAUCAGUUCCUAGAACAAAAGAAAAAUGAAAUUAAACAAAGACAGGAGGAGCAAGAACGUUUAAAAGAAGUGGUCAAGAAAAAGGAAGAGCAAAUAAAAGAACAGUUAGCAAGGGAACGUCGAGAAGUUGAGAAACAAGACAGACGAAGUAAAACUCCUGACAGAGGAAAAAGUCGUGACAGAGAAGAUAAAAAAGAUGCGAAAUCUGUUAAUGACUCUGGAGAAGCGCCAUCUAGUGAUGUUAAUAAACUAGAAGUUAAGCAGGAAGCAAAGUCUGAUGGAGAAACUGAUGACCAGUCAAAAAGUGUUCAGAAAACUGAAACUAAAGAAGAUACUUCUAGUAAAGAUACAACAGAAAAAGAUAAAGACAAGAUAAAAGAUAGGUCACCUGAGAGACGAGAUAGUAGAGACAGACGUCGACGUUCUUAUUCUGGAGACAGAAGACACAGAGGUCGCUCAAGAUCAGGGGAGAGAAGCAGACCCCCUAUGUCACGCCCUAGGCCAGGCUUUGGGCGUGGUCGAUAUUCUCCUCCUUCAGUCAGGAGGCGCUCACGGUCUCCUCGCCGGUCCAGAUCACCCAGACGGAGGUCACUUUCUCCACGUAGAAGAAGCCCAUCACCGAGGCGGAGAUCACCACCUAAGCGUAGAAGCCCUCCUCGUAGGUCUCCGUCACCAAACAAACGCCACCCAUCACCUCGUAGAAGUGUACCAACUAGGAAAAAACCUAGGUCAAGUUCUGAAGAAAGUUCUAGUAGCUCAGAAGAUGAUGAUAAACCUGUGGAUGCAUCUCCUGAAAAAUCUGGUAUCCAAAAAAGGAGAAACUACAGAAAGCAUGAUGAAGAUGAAAGUGGCAAAGAUUCAUCAAGCUCUUCUUCUGAUUCUGGAGAUGAUGAAAAAGGCAAUCAUUUGAAUGGCAGAGGACGUGAAGAGGGCAGGAGGACACCUUCUCCAUUUGUAAGACGUCAUAGGACACCAGAACAAAGGCGGCGCAGUCCUAUAAUGCGUAGAUUCUCUCCACCAAAUCGAAGAAGAAGUGGCCAAUCACCAAGACGAAGAUCUCCUCCUCCUCGAUUUUCUCCAGCAAGGCGCCGACCAUCACCCCCAAGGAGAAGGCGAUUGUCCAGCUCACCAAAUAGAAGAAACUCUUCCCCUCCUGCUAAAGGGCGUAAAUAUUCUCCUUCACCAUCUCCAAGGAAAAGAUUACAUUCACCACCUCCACAAUCUCCUCUUCCAACUAAGAAAAAGCGAGAGAAAUCACCUUCCAAGUCAUUAUCGGAGGAAGAAAGCUCUGAGGAGUCUGAAAGAGGACCUUCCCCUCCUCCAAAAGGAAAACCUCUUAGAUCCAAGAUAUCUCGUUCUCCGCCCCCAAAGAAAGCUCCUUCCAAGGAGGAAUCCUCAUCUUCAGAUUCAGACAGUGAAGAAGAUUCUGAUGAGUCAGGUUCACCUCCACCUCCCAAAAAGAAGUCAAAGCUUGCUACACCACCAAUAAAAAGACGAAUCACACCUUCGCCCCAAAGCUCAAAAAUAUUGAAACGCAAUUCCAUUGAGAAAGGCAGCAAGUCGGGUAGGCUGCCAUCUAGAAGUCCAAGCAGGGGAAGCAAAAGUAGACUUAUUUCACCCAAAUCUAAAAGAGAUUCUGAAUACAGCAGUGAUUUUCGUAAAGAGAGAAGAAUUAUUAGAACGUCUCCCAGGAAAGAAAAGAAACGCUCAGUAUCUCCAAAGUUGAAUCGUAAAAAUGCCUCUUUAUCCCCACCUCCCAAAAGCAGUGGUCGAGCUAAGCCAUCUCGUAGACCACCUUCUGAGUCUAGCAGUGACAGUUCUAGUAGUUCUGAUGAGGAAACUCCUGCCAAAAUGUUACAAGACAAGGGAGAUGUGAAAAAAGACAGCCGGUUAGCCAGCAAGGUAAACAGAAGUGUUAGUCCAUCACCAAGAAGAAGUGCUCCACCAAUGAAGCGAACUGAUUCUUCUCCAAGCCCUAGACCUAAAAAGAGGGACUCUGAAGAGAGAAUUGUAAUGUCAAAGAGUUCAAAAAGAGAGAGAUCACCUGCAAACAGUUCUUCUAGGGCAAGUGGAGACAAGUCUAAGCAGAAGGAAGACAAGGAUGAUAAACGAAAUGAUCCUAAGAGAGGUAGGGAUGGAGACAUGAAGUCAAAAGAGAAAAAUGCUAGUGGUAGCUCCUCUCGCAACGGUCGUGAAAAACCAGUACGGAAUGAAAGUCCAGACGAAUCCCUUUCAGAUAGUGGCAGUGAUUCUGAGGAGUCUGAUGCGUCUAAAAAAAAGAAAAAGAAGAAAGAAAAGAAACAUAAAAAGCACAAGAAACACAGGAAACACAAGCAUAAAAAGGAGAGCAAUGAACUUCAGGAAAAAGGUGAAGAACUUGAAAGGCGUCUUCGAGAAAAAGCUUUACAGUCCAUGCGAGCCAAAGCAUCUUUGUCAGAAGGAAAGCAGUCUAGUGACAGUGAGGAGAGUAGUAGCAGUGACUCUGAUGUCCCGACAAAAACUAGAGCUUAGUCAACAUUAGCUUUGUCUUGACACUGUACAUCAAGUUAGAAUCUGGAGAAGGGUUUGAUGAUGUUUUUUUUUUUUGUGUAUGGAAGUUAAUUGGCAACAUUUUAUUUUAACUAUUUGAUGUCUUUGUUUUUGCAGGACUUGAUCAAGGCCCUUGGAUGGAUGUUUAUAUUUCAUUGAAAUUUUAGUCCUAAUAGACUGAUGAAAUCAAUCUAAAAAUGAUGCCAGUGACAUUGUUUACUGGUCAUUAAAUUUUUAUCUCUCCCCUUUUUUUUUUAAUUGAAUGAAAUAAAUGCAUUGGAUAACAUAGGUAUUUACUACUACAGAACAGAGAUAUCUUCAUUGAUGAGGGACAUAAUAUUACCAUCCCUACUGAAUGACUGUUGAAACUUGUGUGUUCUAGUUGAAGUCUGAUGUGCUAAAACCACAUUGUGUUAUUGUCAAUACCAAUGGACAUUACAUUACAUUUUAAUUAAACAUGCUUACUUUUAUAAAUGCUUGGAGAUCAUAUAUGAAUCAAGUGACACUUGUUUUUUUUGCAGUAUUUGUUUUCAAAACUACAAAAUAUGUUGUCAAUAUGUUUGUUUCUAUUUUGACAGAAAAUAAAACAUAGAACAAAGA